UUUUUUUUUUAAAUUGACAAUCUUGGUGUUGAUCCUGAAUUUAUAUGCCGAUGAAAAUUACAGACUUGUUACACAAUCUCACUGAAUUUAGAGUGAAGUUUUGCUGAUCUUAGAAAUAAGUGAAGUGAUGCAUUCCGACUUAUCUCCGCAUCUACACACACCUGAGUGUAAUAAACUAAUUAACCUUUUGAAACAGUGUCACGCUGAAAGAAAGUUUGCCAGGUUUGUGGGUGUAUGCAAUACAUUUGAUCAAAACGUUGUUGACUGCUUGCGAAACGAACGAAUUGAACGUAGUCGCGAAAACCGAGACAAAGCUAGAAAAGAACAACAACGCGUUCGUGAGCGAAUGCGUCAGCUGGAGAAGGAUCAAGAAGCGAGACAUUAA